AUGUUUAAGGGGAAAUCACAGAAGGAAUUGAUCCAGGUGGCGAAAACGUUGAUCCAGCCAUUGAAGCCUGGAUAUCAUAAAGGCCAGGCGGGGAAGAUUGCUGUGUUUGGUGGAUGUGAGGAUUAUACGGGUGCACCGUUCUUCCUGGCCCAUUCGGCAGCUUUGGUAGGGGCUGAUUUGAGCCAUAUCGUUUGUGAAAAACAGGCUGCGCCGGUGAUAAAGAGCUACUCGCCAGAUUUGAUGGUGCAUCCGUACUUGUUUGAUUUGGAAAAUGCAGAUGUACGCAAUUGGAUCUCGGUAGAGCUUAUCGAGAAGUUGAAGAAGAAACCGCUUGAUGAGAUAUUGAAUGCUCGGGACGAACUCGAUAAAAUCGUCGAGGAUCACGUUUUGCCUAAGAUUCUGGGCCUUAUGGAACGUGUGGAUAUGUUUGUCGUGGGGCCCGGGUUUGGAAGAGACGCUCUUAUGCUUAAAACGCUUAUCAGAGUGAUUGAAGAAAUCAAGGUUGUGAAUAAACCGGUUAUUUUGGAUGCUGACCUGCUUUACUUGGUUUCUGUACGUCCAAAUGUGAUCAAGGGCUACCCAAAGGCUGUUCUUACGCCUAACGUGGUGGAAUUUGGCAGGAUAUGCCGUGCUCUUACCAUUGACAACACAGAUGACGUUGAAACUGCCAAACGCGUUCUGAAGGCUUUGGGUGGCGUUACGAUAAUCAAAAAGGGCCGCCAGGAAGUCAUUGUAAGGAACGAUAGCCAUGUGGUGAACGAGUUCCUGGGCUCUUUGAGACGUGUAGGUGGUCAAGGAGAUUCAUUGACUGGUGCCUUGGCUACGUUGCUUACAUGGACAGAACACUACAAUUCUGGAUUCUGGGAAGGUUCAGGUAAGAUUGACGAAGACGAGUCUAUCUUGCUUGCCUGUUUUGCUGCUUGUUCGAUCGUUCGUGUGGCCAGCUCCAAGGCUUUCUACAAGUACAAGAGAGCAAUGCAGACCCUGAACGUCCAUGAAUUCUUAGGUGAAGCCUAUGAGGAGUUGUUGGGAGAUGAGUGA